AUGGCGAGUCAAAGAGUUGGUGAGGCUGGUUUUUCCAACUCAGGACCCUCACAUCAUCAUCACCACAAUACUAUGCCUUACGCUGUUUUUCGUGGGCUCAACCCUCCUAGUACAUCCUUCAUUAAUCAAGAAGGAUCUGCUUUUGAUUUUGGAGAGCUAGAGGAGGCUAUUGUGCUGCAAGGAGUUAAGAUCAACAAUGAUGAAGCCAAAACACCUUUAUAUGCAGCAACCGUCAGGCCUGCAGCAACUCUGGAAAUGUUCCCUUCUUGGCCCACUAGACUUAUUCAGACUCCUAGAGGAAGUUCAAAGUCUGGAGAGGAGAGUACUGAUUCAGGUUCAGCAGUAAACACACUAUCGAGUAGAGCUGAGGCCAGACUGGAACCGGAAUCCCCCAUCAGCAAAAAAUCAUCAUUGGAACCUCAAGGACUUGAGCAGAAGCAUCUUCAGCUACCAAACCAACAGCAACAGCUAGAGAUGGCUAAUGAUGGCUCGAGAGUAGAAAUGCCACAGGAUCAUCAACCAGCUGGUGGAAAACCCACAACUGAAAAGAGAAGAGGGCCUGGUUCAACUUCAGAGAAAGUGCUCGAUGCUAAGACAUUGAGACGUUUAGCACAAAAUAGAGAAGCUGCGAGGAAAAGUAGGCUUAGAAAAAAGGCCUAUGUACAACAGCUAGAAACAAGCAGGAUAAGGCUUACUCAACUUGAACAAGACCUUCAACGAGCCCGUGCUCAGGGAUUUUUCUUGGGUGGUGGUGGUGCUCCUGGUGGGAACAUCAGCUCAGGAGCUGCGAUAUUCGAUAUGGAAUAUGCAAGAUGGCUAGAUGAUGAUCACAGGCACAUGUCAGAGCUUCGAACUGCUUUGCAAGCUCACUUAUCAGAUGGUGAUCUGAGGGUGAUAGUUGAUGGAUACAUUGCACAUUAUGAUGAGAUUUUCCGCCUCAAGGGAGUAGCAGCCAAAUCUGAUGUAUUCCAUCUCAUCACUGGAAUGUGGACUACUCCUGCCGAAAGAUGCUUUCUUUGGAUGGGCGGUUUUCGUCCCUCUGAGCUAAUCAAGAUGUUAAUAACGCAACUAGACCCUUUAACGGAGCAGCAAGUUGUGGGGAUAUAUGGUCUCCAACAUUCUUCGCAACAAGCCGAGGAGGCUCUCUCGCAAGGAUUGGAACAAUUGCAGCAGUCUCUGAUUGAAACUAUAGCCGGUGGCACUGUCAAUGAUGGGAUGCAUCACAUGGCUGUUGCCUUAGGCAAGCUCACCAAUCUUGAAGGUUUUGUCCGUCAGGCCGAUAAUUUAAGACAGCAAACUCUUCAUCAUCUGUUGCGAAUAUUGACAGUUCGACAAGUGGCACGAUGUUUUUUGGUCAUUGGAGAGUACUAUGGUCGACUCCGAGCACUUAGCUCCCUUUGGGCAUCACGGCCAAGAGAGACUAUGAUUGGUGAUGAGAACUCUUGCCAAACAACCACCGAUUUGCAGAUGGUACAAUCUUCCCAGAAUCAAUUCGCCAACUUCUGAUCCUAGCUCAGAGUAGCCUGAUAGAGUAUUGAUGUUCAAAUCCCAUAGCCUCCUCCCAUGCCUCUUAGCUUUAGGGCUUCCCAAUCUAUAUACUUUAGAGGAAGUAGCAUUUCUUGAAAAUUCUAGCUUGUUAAAAUCCUCGACUUGUAUUAUUAUCUUGUAAAUGUAAA